ACCGUGUGUUACCCCAUGUCCUGGCCUUCAGCGUGUCCAUUGAACGCUUGACUACAGGCAACAAGCCCAUCACAGUGUUGCUACCAUCAUCCUUCUCUCCAGAAAGCCCAGACUUGGACCUGCAAGUAGGGCCUGACUUCCAGGGAGCCCGGUACCUACAUGGGCACACACUCACCCCUGAGCAGCCAGGAGAGCCACAGCAGGAAGUACACAUGUUGUGGAUACCAGUGCCCCCAGCCUUGACACUUGGGGAAGAUGAACAGGACAGGACCUGGGACUUUCUGACUGUGGUUGGUGGCAGCCAGGCUGAGGCCCAGGGCUGCUUUGCUGAGGCCCUGCAGCUGCAAACCAGGGGUGAUCUGUAUACAGUCCAUGCAGACACCUGGGUCCAGCUCUGGGCAGGCUGUGGCCUGGAUGUGACUGGGCCCUUGGCCCUGCGCCAAGCCCUUCGUGGUUCUCUCUACUACCUGCUCAGUGAGCUUCCCCAGCCCGGCACCAAAGGAUUCAUCAACCAUGGGCUUAGCCCUGGAGGCCUCGCUAAUGGGAGUCAGGAGGAGUGCUACUGGGGCCAUAUAUUCUGGGAUCAGGACCUCUGGAUGUUCCCAAAUAUUCUGAUGUUCCACCCAGAGGCUGCCAGGGCCAUCCUGGAAUACCGAGUCCGUACACUGGGAGGGGCCUUGAAGAAUGCCCAGAACCUAGGCUACCGGGGAGCCAAAUUUGCUUGGGAGAGUGCAAGCACUGGCCUGGAGGUCUGCCCUGAGGACAUUUACGGGAUCCAGGAGGUCCAUGUGAAUGGAGCCGUGGUGCUGGCUUUCCAGUUGUAUUACCACUGCACUCAGGAUCUGCAGCUCUUCCAAGAGGCUGGUGGCUGGGAUGUGGUCAGUGCUGUGGCUGAGUUUUGGUGCAGCCGUGUAGAAUGGAGCCCCCAGGAGAAGAUGUACCACCUGAAAGGAGUCAUGCCCCCUGAUGAGUACCACUCAGGAGUGAACAAUUCUGUGUAUACCAACGUCCUGGUGCAGAACAGCCUGCGCUUUGCUGCUGCCUUGGCCAAGGACCUGGGUCUGCCUAUCCCCAACCAGUGGCUGGAGGUGGCUGAUAGGAUCAAGGUGCCAUUUGACUCUGAGCAGAACUUCCACCCUGAGUUUGAUGGCUAUGUGCGUGGAGAAGAAGUGAAGCAGGCAGACGUUGUGCUCCUGGGAUACCCAGUCCCCUUCCCCCUGCGACCUGACAUCCGAAGGAAAAAUUUGGAGAUUUAUGAGGCUGUGACAUCCCCCCAGGGCCCUGCUAUGACCUGGAGUAUGUUUGCUGUGGGCUGGAUGGAACUGAAGGAGCCCUCUAGAGCCCAGGUCCUCCUGAGCAGAAGUUUCAUCAACGUCACUGAGCCCUUCAAGGUGUGGACAGAGAAUGCGGAUGGGUCUGGCACCGUGAACUUCCUGACGGGCAUGGGGGGCUUUCUGCAGACAGUACUCUUCGGGUGCACAGGAUUCAGGAUCACUGAGGCAGGUAUGACCUUUGACCCCCUGUGUCCAGACCUGGUGUCCAGGGUGUCUGUCUCUGGCAUCUCCUACCUGGGGAACAAGUUCAACUUCACCUUUUCCAAGGACUCUGUGACACUUGAGGUCACAGCCCAUGCAGAGCCAUGGGCACCCCUGCUAGAAGCUGAGUUGUGGCCAUCGCUGGCCCGGCUCCCCCUAACGCCAGGACAUAAGGUCUCAUUUCCCCACUCAGCAGGCCGGAUACAAAAGUCAUCGCCCUAGCUGCUGAGAAAUUACAACGCUUCAGUGUUUCCUGAGCCGAGUUUUGACAUUAGAACCACCUUUCAGUUCCUCGGAGACAUUUUUGCGUUCUCAGCUGCAUUCCACACCCCCACAGUCUCUCAGUCUGGAUCCUGUUCUAAGCCAUUAAGGCUACUGGGCGUUCCCUCUGCACCUUCCCCUUUCUCCUUCUUCUGGUCUCUGGAUUGUUCUGGUCAAAUAACUGGGUGGUGAAUGGCCAGCAGCCCUGCUUAGAAGGUGGCCAGCAGGUGGGUCAUAGAGCCAGGGACUUAUCUACCCCAAACAAGAGUUUUCUGUGGCGUGCAGUUGGGACAAGGAAGGGCUGGCCAAAUUCUCAAGGGUUUGUGGCUUUGAACUUCCUAUUCUUUGACUCCUUUUGACAUCAUAUGGUGUCUAGCAUAGUGGGCUAGGGUGAGAGUCCUUAACCACGUGAAGAAGGAAGGCAGCGCUAUCACCAGAGUACGAGUUCCUGGCUGUGACCAGAGAAACUGGAGUCAAAUGGUUCCAUGGCCAUCACCCUGGCCAUCUGUGCCAAGAAGCUGCCCAAGCUUCACCGCUGGUCCUCAGUUCCUGGCAUACUUUAUCAGUGUUUUCCCAGGACAAGGUGCAUAGCACAGGGCCAGGAUCCUGGUGAAAUCUGUGCCCCUGUACCAAGCCAACCAGGCUAAUUAAAAGUCAGUGCUGGCAAAAGGCUC